CCCGGGAGAAGGCCGGGAAGAUGGCGGCCUCCUGGAGGCUAGGCUGUGAUCAACGGUUGCUGCGUGGGCUGGUUAAGGGGGCUGCUGUGUGGUCUGCCGGCCGUGGAGCUAGUUGGAGAUGGUUUCACAGCACGCAGUGGCUGCGAGCUGAUCCUAUUACGAUACUAAUGCCAUCACUGUCUCCUACAAUGGAAGAAGGGAACAUUGUGAAAUGGCUGAAAAAGGAAGGUGAAGCUGUGAGUACUGGAGAUGCCUUAUGUGAAAUAGAGACUGACAAAGCUGUGGUUACCUUAGAUGCAAGUGAUGACGGCAUCUUGGCCAAAAUAGUGGUUGCAGAAGGAUCUAAAAAUAUACGGCUAGGUUCACUAAUUGGUUUGCUAGUUGAAGAAGGAGAAGAUUGGAAACAUGUUGAAAUUCCCAAAGAUAUAGGUCCUUCGUCACCAGCUUCAAAACCAUCAGUGCCUUGCCCUUCACCAGAACCGCAGAUUUCUACCCCUGUCAAAAAGGAACACACACCAGGAAAACUACAGUUCCGUUUAAGUCCAGCUGCCCGCAAUAUUCUGGAAAAACACGCACUGGAUGCUAACCAGGGCACAGCCACUGGCCCUCGGGGGAUAUUCACUAAAGAGGAUGCUCUCAAACUGGUCCAGUUGAAACAGAUGGGCAAGAUCACUGAAUCCAGACCCACCCCAGCCCCGCCAACCAUUCCCACAGCGUCUUUACCCCCACAGGCCACAGCCAGGCCAUCUUAUCCCCGGCCAAUGAUCCCUCCAGUAUCAACUCCUGGACAGCCUAAUGUAGCGGGCACGUUCACUGAAAUCCCUACUAGCAAUAUUAGAAGAGUUAUUGCCAAGAGGUUAACUGAAUCUAAACGUACUGUACCUCAUGCAUAUGCUACUACUGACUGUGACCUUGGAGCUGUUUUAAAAGUUAGGCAAAAUCUGGUCAGAGAUGACAUCAAAGUAUCAGUAAACGAUUUUAUCAUCAAGGCAGCAGCUGUUACCCUUAAACAAAUGCCGAGUGUUAAUGUAAGCUGGGGUGGAGAGAGCCCAAAGCAACUGCCCUUUAUUGACAUUUCAGUGGCUGUGGCAACAGAUAAAGGGUUAAUUACACCAGUCAUCAAAGAUGCUGCUGCUAAGGGUCUGCCAGAGAUUGCUGACUCUGUGAAGGCUCUAUCAAAGAAAGCUAGAGAUGGAAAAUUGUUACCUGAAGAAUACCAAGGAGGAUCUUUUAGUAUUUCCAAUUUGGGGAUGUUUGGCAUCGAUGAAUUUACUGCAGUGAUCAACCCUCCUCAGGCCUGCAUUUUGGCUGUUGGGAGAUUCCGACCUGUGCUGAAGCUCACUCAGGAUGAAGAGGGUAAUGCCAAACUGCAGCAACACCAGCUCAUAACGGUCACAAUGUCCAGUGACAGCCGAGUGGUAGAUGAUGAACUGGCUACCAGGUUUCUGGAAAGUUUUAAAGCAAACCUGGAGAAUCCUAUCCGACUUGCCUAAUCCUCAAAGAUGAGAAGUUGGUCUUUGGCUUAGUUAAUUGUAUCAUUGUUACUGAGAAACAUACACUAUAGGAAAACAAUUAGGUAUUUAAGUGUAAAGUGAAUGAAAUGUUUAUUUAGGGUCAAAGAGUUUGACCUGAGUUGUCUUCAUUUUCAUUUUGGGUUCAGAGUUAUAUAAAUAAAUAACAAACUGUAACUAACGGAAGGAAGAGAACAUUUGGUUAGUCAGAUGCAUUUUUAAUUUAACCACUGGUGCUGUACAAAAGGGAUGUUCAGCUAGAUGUAAAUUAAAUUAGAUAUUUGGCUCACUGGAGCAUUUUAGAAUAUUUGAGGAUGUAUGAUAAGUUGUAAAAGCAAAAAAUUUUAGAACUCUACCUUAAUUGUGUUGAAAUUAGAAGUGGUCUUCAAAGAGAUGCCCAUUAAUGUAGCAGUGGGACGUCACUUUUAUAAGCACUGCUCUAGAUAUACUUGAACAAUUUAGUAUGUACAGAAGUUUAUUCUGGAUACUAGCAGAUAAAUAAGAAUCACUCUGUAUUAGGGGUUGUGGCAACAUUAUUGAAUUUUUUAUGUAUAUAAAGCCAUAUGUUUUAGAGUGGUUUCUAUCAGUCUUAUUUUACACUUCUGUGACACUGUGAACUAAAGAAGAAGAAUUAAAAAGAAUCAAAGGUGAAGAAAGAGACCAAAAUAUUUUGUUUGCUUUGAUAAUAAACUACAGUGAAAACAUCUAAACCUUCAGAAAUAAACUGCUCACCUUCAUACUGAGUUGGGAUAUAUUAAAGUAAGUUAUGCUAUUUCCUACCUAACAUUUUAAGUUAGUGUUGAUUUAAACACAUGUUGUUACUUAGUGCAUUUUAAUCAAGUUUAUACUGUGCAAUAAAAUAUGAGAAAAUAUAAAAAUUUCUAUUGUAUUUUAAAUGUCAUGACACAGAAGUUUAGUACCUGGAUGUAUAUUAGUAAUUUCCCUGGAAUAGCUUAAAAGGGAUUCUACAGGAGGAGAGAAAGAAUUUAAAAUCACAGUUAACCCUUGUGAGGGUGAGGGGAGCUGAUCCCAAGCAGUUGAAAAUCUGCGUUUAAGUUUACAGUUGGUUCUCAUAUCCAUGGUUCUGCAUCUGGGGAUUCAAUCAACCGGGGAUCAGGUAGUACUAUACUAGGUAUUUACUGAAAAAACUCCACGUGUAAGUGGACAUGCACAGUUCAAACUCGUUGUUCAAGGGUCAACUGUAAUAUGACAUUAGGAAAAAAUGGAUGUGAAAUGUAAAACUUCAGAAAGAAUAGAAGGCCUGUGAAGCAGGUGAGAACUAUCCUUUUUAUUCCAUUGAUAAUAUGAAAAUUUGACUAAUUGUUGUAAAGGUUAGAAGAGCUUAUUUCUCUCUUUUAACAACUCUGCUAUGACUGACAAGCUAACUGUAACUGGAAUUGGAUGGUGAUUUAAUUAACUAGUCACAGAGCCGUGUUACUCUCUGCUGAUGAGAAUCACCAGAAGAAAAACUAUGUGGUACAAGUUGUAUGCUAUGACAUGAUGAACUACUUACGCUCUAACAAAAGAGCUUUCUAAAAUAAUUAGAGCCCCAGUAUAUCAAUUGCUAAGAAGUUGCUUAAUCCAGUUAGUUUUGACAAGCUAUUCUUUAAAAAUAGUCUUCAAAACUUUUGUCAUAUUACUGAAAAUUGUAACCAAAUGCUGUUUUCAAAAUAACUUUCAUGAGUUACAUUAUUUUCAAUCAGUUUUAACUGAAAUUAUUAAUUUUUUUUUCUAAUUUUUAAAUCUGAGGAAUAGAACGUGAAACAGCUGUAAAUCACCCUUGGCUUGGAGUUCUGUUUUUCCAAUGGACUGACACGCUUAAACUGUAGUGCAUCUGUUUCCCUGUAGGUGAAAUGGGUGGUGAUACCCGCCCCUGCCUGCCUUACAGAGCUGACAUGGACUGCACAGGAGAAAUGCUCUGUAAAUUCAAGACAUUUUAAUUCUUCAUGGACAUCACAGCCAGGCUUUUCAUAUAAUCAGUUGCUUCUCAUGGUUUGACUUUUCAUGGUUUGACUUCUCAGCUGUUGGAACAAAUGCCCGUUCAUUCUGACCAAAAAAUAUUUUCUAUACUAUUUCUAUACUGCUUAGGUUUAUGUAAGAAAAUCAUCAUUUCUAAAAAUAGUUCUGUUGCAGCGUGAGGUCAGAGAAUAACACUGAUUUGAGAAAGGGGUAUGGUGUCUUGACUGGGAUCCUUAAACAGAGGAUGAACUGUGUGCUGUAUGAGCAGGCUGUCUUCCACGUUAUAAAUUUAUACUUACUUGUAGUACUGAUAGGGAUCACACUGAGAGCAUAUGAAAAUGAAAUUUUAUACCUUUUUUUUUUUUUUUCUUAUUUAAACAAGGAAAAUGACCAAAAUGUUGGGAAGACUUCUAAGGAAAAGGCAACACACAUUCUAGUUAACGCUUGGGCAUGAAAAUAUCAAUGAAUAUUAAAAUUUAUAAGUCAAAACGGCCCUGCUUCUCCCUGAUUGCGACUUCGAGUUAACAUCUUCAGGCACAGUUCACUGUCUAUUUUGUGGCAAAUUAAAAUCUUCAGUAUACUGCUGGCCAGACUCCUUUGUUUGAAACAUUACUAAGAAAUUGAUACAUACUGGUAUAAGUGUUUUAUAUACAUGUCAAAUGGAACUUCUAUUUUCAGAUUUUUUUUUUU